UUCAUACAUGAGUGUUAUAUUUACAUCAUUUUCACCUAUCUCUCUCCCCACCAAUUUCUCCCUAAUUUCCACACUUCUGCUUAAAUCUGUGACCUCAUAGUCUUCAAUUAUUAUUGUUUAUAUAAACACCUAUGUUUGUGUGAUUAGUCCUCAGACACACACACACACACACACACACACACACACACACACACACACACACACACACACUUUUCUAUAUUUUCCCUUCUGAGUCCUGAGUGUUGUUUGUAUGUAUAUGUUUAGAUUCAUUUCCUCUUAUAAAUGAAUAACCAAUUAGGAGUUCAUCCUUGGGAAAGAUGGGUUCUCUGUCUCUCUUGUCAUUGGUUGCCCAUAGCUCUUCACUUCACUAGCCUGAUCAAGUUUCCCUCAGCCCUAUUGCUACAUCAACAGGUAUUGUCACUAUGCUGGUCUUAGUUAGGCAGCCAUAUUAUGGAGACUUCAUGGACACAGUUACAUAAAUAUACAAGGCCACUGUGAAGCCAAUGGUAUAGUCUUCUGUUUUUAUUUUUAAUUUUCUGUCCCCUUUUCUGCAAUAUUCUCUGAGCCAUAGGUCUAGGCCUUGCCUUGCCUUGCAAAUAUAUAUUUGGGGCUAGGCAUUCUGUGGCCCAUUGUACUUAGCCUUAUAACGAGCUAUGGGUUUCUAUAAUUAUUUUCCUGUGCUGAAAAAAGAAGCUUCUUGUGUUGGGGAUGUGGGCUACAUUUGCCUAUUGGCAUAGGGAUAACUAUUUAGGAUGCAGUUAGAAAGUAUGCUGGGUUAGGGAAGUGUCAGUAGUGGGCUCUCUUCUAGGGAUCAUGAGCUCACAAACUACAGGUAGUUGGUCAGCUUUAUAGUAGCAGGGAGAGUUGAAUUCUCUUCCAUUGAACUGGCUUCAAGUUCAGUGGAUGCUGAUAGUGCACAAUGUAUUAGUGCCACUACUGUAGCCGUGGGGAUACCUUGCUGGACAGGUGGGUGUGGUUCCUAGACUUGCAGGCUUGGUAUGCCUGCUGAUUGUGCUCUAGCCUGGCAGUUUGCAUGCUCCUUCUGGAUGCUCUGCAGGGAGGAUUCUUGCAAGGUGAUUCCUGCUGGAUUCCUCCAAGUUCUGAGUUUAAUGUGCUGUGUCUUCAGAAACAGGACCUUAUUUUCAAAUCCUGGGAGGCAACCAAGGCUAAUGGCAUUUGCCUCUGUUUGGAGGAGUCUCUUGGCUAACAACUUGAAGGCAGGUUUUCCAUGUUUGUCACAGGGGAUUUUGGUAGCUAUUCUUUGAGUCCUGGGGGCAUUAUCAUCCCAAGUAGUUAACUCCAUUUAAUUUACCCCCUCUCUGUAUAUUAUAAUUAUAACAUAUAAUUAUUAUAUAAUAUAAUUAUAAUGUAUAAGGUUUAUAUAUUCUAUAUAAUGUAUUUUUAAGGAAAUCUAAUAUUUCUCUAUGGUUUUCAAACAACCAUUCUCUAUCUAUACUCCCCUCCCUCUCCUCCAUCUCCCUCCACAGUUAAAGUUCCUCCUUUUUCCCCCUUUCCCCUUCAUAGCAACUGUAUUCAACCUAGCGCCUUCACCCCCUCCACACCAUGGGCUCUUCCACUAACCAUGGUUCUUUUUACCUUCAUGGCUUCUGCAGGCAGUCUAGAUUGCAUAUACCCAUAUUUAUGGAUUUGCAGCUAGGAUCCACGAAUGGGAAAGAAUAGGCAGUGUUUUGUCUUGCUUGGUCUGGGUUACCUCAGUCAGUAUAAUAGUCUAUAACUCAGGCCAUUUACUUGCAAAUAUCAUAAUUUAACUUUUCUUGGGUCCAGAUGGAUUCACAGCAGAAUUCUACCUAUCUUUUCAUUCCUUCAAUGAAGCCAGUAGCACAGAAAUGUUUUAACAUACAUAGGUCAAUAAACAUUAUAAGUUACAUAAAUAAACUUAAAUAAAUUCCAUGAUCAUCUGAAUAGAUGGAGAAAAGUCCUCUGACAAAGCAACUUGCUCUCAUGUUAACAACAUGCCCUUCUAGAGUGGGGAAGACUGGAGGAAACAUAUUCCAUCAUAUGGCAUAUGUACAAACCAAUAGCCAAUAUUAUCCUAAAUGAAGAAAAAUAAAACCAGGGAUUAGACAGCUGUCUACUACCCCUAUUUCUUUUCAACACACUGCUUGAAGCACUAGCUAGAGCACAGGGACAAAAGAAGGAAAUUACAGAGCUAGAAAUAGCAAAAGGAGAAAUCAAGUCACUUGGUUUUCAGAUGAUUUGAUAUUUUACAUAAAGACCCUAUAUGAUAUGAUAUUAUGCAUCUGACAUCCCCAAAAUUCCACCAGAAAACACCGAGAAAUGAUCAACGCCUUCAGCAAAGAGGCAGGGUACAAAAUCGACUUAUAAACCUUCCUGUGUACCAAUGCCAGACUCACAGAGAAAGAGAUCAUGGAAACAGUCCCAUUCUCAAUAGCUUGAAAAAAAGCACCUGUGAAUAUGCCUAGCCAAGGAGCUGGAAACUUCUGCAGUAGAACUUUAAGUCCCUGAACAAGAUACUAAAAGAUAGAAAGACCACCCGAGUUCCUGAAUUAUUAGAAUCAAUGUGGCUAUCCUACCAACAGUAACUUACCUUAUGUCCUACCUGAAAGUAUUUGAACUGCCAUUCCCCUGGAUGAUUUCUGAAUCCGCCUUUGCCUGUUGAAUGCUAAAAUCAUCUCUUUGGAUAACAUCUGCUUUUAUAUUUCUCUCCAUCUAGGCUAGUGGUUCUUAACCUUCCUAAUGCUGUGACCCUUUAAUGCAGUUCCUCUUACUGUAGUGAACCCCAACUGUAAAGUUACCUUCAUUGCUACUUUAUAGCUGUAGUUUUGUUACUGCUAGGGAUCAUAAUAGAAAUAUUUUUGAGAGAGAGGUUUGUUGAAGGUUUGUCAUUGCACACAGAUGAGAAUCAUUGAUCUAUGCAAAUGCACCUAUAGGCUUUGAACUGUCAGGGUCCUAUUUCACUGCCCAUCUCGGUUCCUUUUCCUCUUAGGUAGAACUGAAAGGAUGAAGUUGCUUUCAUGAGCUACUUAGAAAUUCCUUUGUAAAAAUAUUUUCCAUCAAAAACGGUUGAAUUGAAAUAUAUCUUUCUGUCUUCUAUGUCUUUCUUCUAGUCCCUCUCAUGUCCUAUUGAUUGCUUCUUUUUGUUAUUAUUUUACAUACGAUGAAAAAUGCAUAAAUAUAUGCAUGUAACCUGCUAUAUCCAUUUUAUGUGGCUAAACAAGAUCUGAGUAAUGCUACCAGGAAACAUGUUGAUACAGAAAGAGGAGAUCUCAUUUGUCCCUCCCCUAGAUGCAUAACUGCAGCCAAAUAAGACCUUUGAGAAGGGGAGGAGAUUAGCCUGUCCCAGGGAAGAGCCCCAAUUGGUUAUCCAAUACUAAGUGGCCAGUCUGAAAUCAAAUACCUGCAGGCCUUCUUUAGAAAAAUCACAUUUUUUAAAUUUAAAUACUUGCUUACUUGUCUGUACAUGCUUGUUUUCAUGUAUGUUAAGGUAUCUGUAGAGUCCUGAAAAGCCAGUGCAUCCCUUGGAGGGAAGUUAGAGGUUGCUUAGAGCCAGUUGUCAUGGGAGCUGUGACCCACAUUCUGUUCUUUCCAGCUGCAUUUGAAAAUGCUGGCACUUGUGAGCUUCUGCACGUGGAGGCCAAUGCUGCCUUUGGAUGUCUCUCCUCUGGGGCUGUCCACCUUGUUGUUUUGAGACAGGGGCUCUCACUUAGUUUGGAAUUCAAUGAUUCUGUUAAGAUGGUUGGCUAGUCUCUUUCUUCCUCCACCUUCCUGGCAUUGAAGUCACAAAUAUGUACCACCAUGCUUGGCUCUUUCAUCUGGAUUCUAGGGAUCCAGUGUUAGUCCUUGUGCUAGCAAGACAGCCCAUUGUUUACAGAACAUUUUCCCAAGCCUUAGAUACUCCCAACAGCACCCGUGCUAAGAUGAUUAUCCCUAUGUGCAAAUGUAAUUUUCUCAGGGUUGGGUCCCAUGUUCUUGGUGUGUCAUAGUUGAAAUGUUUAUGCUGCCCCUCCCUGCAAUCUUUCCAUUGUUGUGUGUGCUACAGGAACUGAGAGGAUUGUGACAGUCUCAGCUGGUUUCUCUUCUCGUUUAGACAUCAUUGUUUGUAACAAUUCUGAACGUCGUCUUUCCCCACCUAUCAGAUUGUAAGAUUAUUGCUAUACUUAAUUUUCUUUUGUUACCCUGGCUUGAGAAUAUUCACUUAUAACUUUCCUUUGAAAUGCCUUUGUUAAUAAUUUUCCCUUCUGUAUAUAUUUUACACACACACACACACACACACACACACACACACACACACACUCAUGCAGUCAUUAUUUCACUUGACUUUGAUCCAGGUACAGAAUAUUUUCACUUAGAGCAGAGGACACUGAAGCCUGUGAUGGCUGAGAGCAGAGCCUUGUUCACUGCUGGAUGAUGGAGCAGAUGCAACCACCAGCAUCCUGGAUCUUCUUGCCAUUUUUCAUCUUGUUUCCCAAACUCCUUCUAUGUUCUGAGUCUCUGGCCGUUUUCUUUGGGGCAUGAGUGAUUUAGUGAUUUCUCUUGAGCCCUACGUGUUACUGCCUCAAGCGCCUGUUCCCCUGCUUUCCACUGGUCUCUGUCCCCAAGAGGAUCCAGGGUGUGCAAGUGUCCCUCCUUCACUUAAGAUGUUGGUGAGGGACUGAGUUCCCUGGAAUUCUUAUAGUCCCGCAGGCAUUUCCUGGGAUUUUUGCCUCUUAGGCAUUGUAAGUGUAGAUUGUUACAGUCUGAAUAUUUGGGGUCAGAUCUGAAAACUUGGGGUCAGGGAUUCUUUUGUUCCUUAAGGUGUGUUGGGUCUGUUUCUAGUUUCAUGACCUUUGUUUCUUUACUUUCGUCUUUGAGGGAAUUGAAAGGUUAAGUUUUGUUAUAGCUGGAAUCCAAGUAAAUUCCCUCAUGAGCAGAAAGACAGAGUUCGGAGAGAAUGGACUUCCCCUGUGUGUUGUCUUUAGUUACAGAAACAGUCAGUGGUGGAACCUGGGGCAGAUUGCUGAGAGUCGAUAUUUUUGGCACCUGUUGGUUUCAUCGUCAACACUGUGUGUUGAGCCUGAAUCUUCCCAGAACGCCUCAGAAGUUCUGAGAAGGUCUGGGUGCUCUCUGGGUGGCUCCUGGAUCCCUGGGAUGGCUCUAUUGCUCAGCAAAGGCAUCAUCAACACAGACAUCACCAGAUUUCCACAAUGUCUCACCCAUCUUGGCUGCCACCCAAAAGCACUGGUGAGCCUCUUGGCCACGUGCCUGCACGGAUGGAGACCACCCAUUCUUUUGGGAACCCCAGUAUCUCAGUGUCAACACAACAGCCACCCAAGAAGUAUGCUCCAGUUGUUGCUCCGAAACCCAAGUAUAACCCAUACAAGCAGCCUGGAGGAGAGGGUGAUCUUCUCCCACCGCCACCACCACCUCUAGAGGAUCCUGGUACCAUCCCACCUGGUCCCGGACACUUCCCUCCUCCUCCACCACUGGAUGAAGGGGCUUUCAAAGUGCAGCAGGGAAAUCCUGGAGGCAAGACCCUGGAGGAAAGGCGCUCUAGUCUAGAUGCAGAGAUCGACUCCUUGACCAGCAUCUUGGCUGAUUUGGAGUGCAGCUCACCCUACAAGCCACGUCCCCCACAGGGCUCUGCUAGUUCAAUAGCCUCUCCUCCAGUUUCUACUCCUGUCACAGGACAUAAGAGAAUGGUCAUUCCACAGCAGCCACCCCUGACAGCAACCAAGAAGUCCGCAACAAAACCACAGCCUGCACCCCAGGCUGCACCCAUCCCAGUGACUCCAAUUGGAACACUCAAACCCCAGCCUCAGCCAGUUCCAGCCUCCUAUACUACGGCAUCCACAUCUUCAAGGCCCACCUUUAAUGUGCAAGUGAAGUCAGCUCAGCCCAGCCCACAUUACAUGGCUGGUCCAUCCUCUGGACAAAUAUAUGGUCCAGGGCCUCGUGGCUAUAACAACCAGCCAGUUCCUGUAUCGGGACAGUGUCCUCCUCCUCCAACCUGUGUUGGUACCGACUAUGCAUAUAUUCCACCAUCUGGACAUCCGCCUGAGUCUGGAUAUGGGUAUACCUCCAACCAAGGACGCUAUUAUGAACCUUACUAUGCAGCAGGUCCUAGCUAUGGGGGCCGAAGUGAAGGUGAUACUGCUUAUGGGCAACAGGUUCAACCUAAUACCUGGAAGCGGGAAGCUGCGUAUGCCCCUCCUGCAAGCGGGAAUCAGAACCAUCCUGGCAUGUAUCCAGUCAGUGGCCCCAAGAAGACCUAUAUCACAGACCCUGUUUCAGCGCCCUGUGCACCACCACUGCAGCCAAAGGGUGGAUACCCUGGGCCUAUGGGGCCUCCUUCCAUCCCCCCAUCAUUCCGCCCAGAAGAUGAGCUCGAACACUUGACCAAGAAGAUGCUGUAUGACAUGGAGAACCCACCCGCUGACGAUUACUUUGGCCGUUGUGCCCGCUGUGGGGAAAAUGUUGUUGGAGAAGGAACAGGAUGUACUGCCAUGGAUCAGGUCUUCCACGUGGAUUGCUUCACCUGCAUUGUCUGUGAUGUCAAGCUCCGAGGGCAGCCUUUCUAUGCCGUGGAGAAGAAGGCAUACUGCGAGCCCUGCUACAUUAAUACCCUGGAGCAGUGCAGUGUGUGUUCGAAGCCCAUCAUGGAGCGGAUCCUCCGUGCCACCGGGAAGGCCUACCACCCCCACUGCUUCACCUGCGUGAUGUGCCACCGUAGCCUGGACGGCAUCCCAUUUACUGUGGAUGCUUGCGGUCUCAUUCACUGCAUUGAGGACUUCCACAAGAAAUUUGCCCCGCGCUGUUCUGUGUGCAAGGAACCUAUCAUGCCAGCCCCAGGCCAGGAGGAGACUGUCCGCAUUGUGGCUCUGGACCGUGAUUUCCAUGUGCACUGCUAUCGCUGUGAGGACUGUGGUGGUCUUCUGUCCGAAGGAGACAACCAAGGCUGCUACCCCUUGGAUGGACACAUUCUCUGUAAGACCUGCAACUCGGCUCGCAUCAGGGUCUUGACGGCCAAGGCAAGCACUGACCUGUAGAGUCAAUAGCCAGCUCAGCUGCCGAGUGCAUGCCAGCAAGAAGAGCGCAACACAAGAAAAAGAUAAGAGAAGAAGUAGAAAAAUAGAGGCAUAGCUCAACCACUAGGAUAGUCUCUGUUCUUCAUGUGCUAUUAACCUUUCUGUAGAAGCGCAUAGAGAAUACGAUUUGUCUACGUUCUUACCAAAUACACAUUUCACAUUUAAUCAUGCAAGGCCUUGGUGAGCCUUUGUUCCAAGGACUUCCACAUUUUUGCACAGAUUAUACUCCGUCCCAUUCACUUCUGCAUUCCUGAGACUUUUAAUCCUCAUGUUUGUCUCACUUCUCAUGUGGUUGAAUAGAUUUUUAGUGUGGUAUUUGCUGUCACAUGAUUUUUCCUGGGUGAAUGUGCCAGCCUGCAGGUGCCUUAAGUCUUGUCCUGUCUGUCACUUUUCCUCUGGCUGUGGCUACAAAAGGCAGUCAUUCUGUUACCAGGUAUUGAAAAGGUGAAGUUUCCCAUUGCACUACACCCCUGACGUCUCUUGCUAAAAUAAUGGUAGGGGGAUAUUUUUCUAUGUUAAGCUAUAAAGAGUUUAUUUGAAAAAGUUAACAGGAGCCCACUUUAGUCUGCAACUAUCCAAAUUCAGCAGUCAAGGCUCAUUGGAAAACAUUGAUUAGCCAAUAUCUAAAAUGUGGGGAAAUAAAACCAAGUUUCACCACUGUGCUAAAGAGGCAGAAUUCUAGGUGUAUCUGGAAGGCCCGUUGUAUUUCCACAAUCCCACCCUGAGAGUUAGCUCACCACACUCUCUGGAUAUAAGACUGUCAGGCUUGCUUUUGGUACAUUUAUAAAUCUAUCCAACUCUUCAUCCUUAAAGCACUGUGAAACUUCACCUAAUAUAUAAGCAUGGUUACUGCAAUUAAUAUUUAUCUUCAGAAAGAUAAGUAUUAAAAUGAAUCAAAUUCUUAUCUUUCUUUCUUUCACUUUAUAGUGACCCAAACCUAAAUCUCUUUUGCCUGAAAAUUGCAAAUCGGGACACAUAAAAUGAAAUUAUAGGACCAUGUUUCAUCUUCUUUAAAAAAGAGAAAAAAAAGCUGGGAAAGAUUGUGAAACCAGAGUUUAUUAUUCUUACAAUCCUCUGUAACUCAAGUACAUACUGCAGGAGACAUUUUCCUAUCAUCAACGUGACAUUCACACCACACUUUCAAAGACAAUCGCUGAAAACCAAAUUGUCUUUCUGAGGUAAAAAUAUGCGGAAUGCCUGCCUGGAAUCUUUAUGCGAACUCUUAUUAGCCAGUGAAACACUUGCUUGCCAACUGGAGCCAGUUCGCUUCGUUAAGAGGAGACACCUCGCUUUGCAGUUGCAGUUGGCCAUUAUUGUAAAGUCAGUAUCUCAGAAUGAGAUUUCUCAAAGCUUUCUUUAAAUCUUCUACAGAUAUAUACCUUUAAAUUAUGGAAUACCUUAAAUAUUACAGAAAGGUAUAAAUAAUAAUAUAAAGGUCCCUCUAUAGCUAACACCGUUCUAGAAGUAUAGUCACUUUAAAUUUUUUAAACUCCACAAAUAUCUUUUUAUCUCUUUUAUAUAGUACUGGGAGUUGAACUAGGGCCUCAUGUGCUCGGCAUGUGCCCUGGCACCCCAGCAUCCCCAGCUCUUCCGUGUCUUUUUCUUUUUUUUUUAAUCUUUAUGACAUGAUGAUUUUCUAGUCUGACAGUUUUAAUUUUAACAUUUAGAGCAAAAAAAAAAAAAAACCUGUUUAAUUACUUGUGCAUGUUUAAAAUUGCAACCCAUGCCUCAGGAAUUCCAUAAAGUUUAUUUUACUUGAAUAGAAGUCAUCUUAAAAGUGAUUAAAAGAAGCCCUUAGGCCAUUGUCACACAGCCCCUCUGGGUCAGUCUGUGGCUUAUUGACUUUCUCCACAGGCAGUUUGCCUGUUAGAAUCCCCAAAGCUGGCAUUUUGGGGCCUUUCCCUUGCCCCCUGCUCUCACCUGGCUUCUCUUCUCUUGAGAUUCAUGGAGGCAGCCUGUGGAUCUCAGAAUUCAGUGGGCGCUCUCUAGCUCUGAAUCCCUGUGCUGCAAAUCAAAGGCUCACCUGUGCUGGUGACCUCGAGGAACGCUAACAGACAGUCGAGGUGAAUACAAGCCUGAACUGACUAAAAUGCUCACCGUGAAAUAUUUCAGGAAAUGUCUUUAAGCCAAAAGUAGAGUGCAGUAUAAGUAAGGGGCAGGAGUAAUGUCUAGAAAUGUAGACAGCAGAGGAAGAGUUUAUGUAAUAUUUAUACUAUAGAGCAAUAACAUCCUCCAUGUUUGUUACAUGUAACUACUUGUAACCAGAUGUUUACAUGCAAGAUUUAUAGGAAAAUGCUGCCCAUUCUUCCCUGAGGUGUUAAGGGCAGAGCUCCCUUGCUCGUAGCCUACCCAGUGCUUUCCUGUUGAGUCACCUCAGAGGAUCUUUACCAAAGAUUUUUUUAAAGUAAAUUUCUUUUUAAUAUAGACUUAUACUUUUAUAAUAAUGAAUGUGCACAUACUCAUAUACAGAAAUAUUUAGGAUUAGAUCUUUUUCUUUCACAAGGUCUCAUGCAAUAAAGUAUCCACCACAUUAUUCUCCAAUUACUUUAAUAUAUAAUUUACAUUGCUUUCUCGUUUUCUUCUACUAAGCAUUUGACUUAAGCAAUACUAAAUACUCUGCUCUUUGCUCUUUUAUCUACAUAAAGAUUUGCCUACUGUAGAGAUAUAAAGAUCUGUUACCUUAAUGAUUAUAUGCAUUGCCUUUUGAUAUAUUGCCUUACUUAUCAUUUAAAUACAUAAAUAGAAAGAUAUAAUGUCUGUAACAGAAAACUUAUAAAGUUAUACCUGAAUUGUUUAAAUAUCAAGAGCACAAACAUUUGGUUAUUCUGUAUAAAAUGAAACAUAUAAGAAAGGAAAAAACCCACCAUCAUGAGCUCUGCAGAGAACAUUUAAAAUAAUUCUCUUUCUAUUUCUGGAGUGGUAGGGAUGGAUCUCUGAAACUUGUGUAAAAUAGACAAGUGCUCUACCACAGCUAAACCUCCCAUCCAGAGUAAGAUUUCAUAGCUGUUUGGGUUCCCAUCUAAGCCUGGCUCAAUAUGGAGUCUGAUUGGCAAACAACAUUGCCUUUAGAACUCAAAAAUACACCCUCCCAAUCCUAGCUCAUGGCCUCAGUACUAGUGAAAUCCUGCCACCUCUGCAGCUCAAAGAUGUGGAUGUUUUCCUGUCAAUAGCACACUGUCCCUGUAGGAACAACUUGUGGUCAGAAUUGCUACGUGGGUUAUAUGCUGAUUAAGGACAUGAACUUAAAAACACUAAAAAUGCUGCAACAAUUUUAUGUUGGACUUGAACAGUGUGGAACAUAUUAACCAUAAAGAGCUCUCUUGCAUUUGGGCCGUUGGAAGGGGAGAGUGCUCUGUGAGGCUGCAGCAGAGCUUUAAUAGGCAGGAUUCUGAAAACACAACUACCAAGCAUCUUCAGAGUUACUACAAAUCCUAUUAAUGUGAACCAGUCAGGAAUAACAGUGUUAUUUCUAUUUGAUGUGGUUUAGGCUUCUCUUGUCAGAUCUGUGUCGGUUGCCCCCUGAUCCUUCCAUUCUCAAGUUUUGAAGGGUGUCAGGGAAAUUAUGGCAGCUGCUAGGGAGAUCUGAGAAACGCUGAUGUAACCUCCCAGCCUCUCACCAUCCCUCUUGGCUUGGAAAGGCUUUUUUUCCCCAUAUACAUUUCUAGAAAUAUUGCCAUUCUACCUUAGCAUUUCACAUUUGUAGAUUAAACAAGUGAUUGUCCAUCUGUUGCCUACAGCUACAGUACAUGUGUGUUAUGAAUGAAAUAUGACAGCAUGUUCCAUACCCCCGCUUCAGCCAUCUGUAGAAAACCAGCAACCGAAAAAGAUACCUCUGCAAAAUGUGCCUCAAGUCCUUGUCCUGGGAUGGCUCUUCUGGUGUGCUUUCACAAGAGACAAUCAAAAGCAAUCCACUAUUGUGCCUUAUUUUUUAAAAAAAAAUCUGUUUACACUUCUAUGACUAUUGCUCAGUAAUGGAAAUGCUACACACACACACACACACACACACACACACACACACACACACACACCCCAAUCUCAAAAGAUCGGUGAGAAAAAGACAGAGAGACAGAGAGGAGAGGACGAGAACACACUUCCAUCUUACUGUACCAGUUUGGAUGGACCUCAUAGCUCUAACAUAUGCGAGCAUGCUCACGGUUGAGGCGAUGUGUCGGCUGUUACUAGUCCUUAGGCUUUGGUCUCCCCCUGAGUUUAGGGGGAUACUAAAGGCAGAGACUUGCACCUGCCGGACCCCUUCUGCACUCACAUUUUUACAUUGUAUUAUUUGUUUGACUUAGGGAUAAACAAUUUUGAUUUCUGAGCAAGUUAUCAUCGUGGCACGACCUUGACUAUUUCAGGCCACGUGACUUAAUUGGCUGGUCAUUGGAAUGAAGCUGCUUGUGAUGCUGGAGGUUGGCUAGUAUGGCUUUAUUUCCGACCUUUAAAAUGAAUCUGGACAAAGCUACUGUGAUCUAAUGCAAGUGUUUCACCCCUCGCUCCCUUGCUUUCUCCUCUUCUCUCCUUUCCUGCCUCCCUUUAACCUCUCUCUCUACUGUGCCAACUAAUGCUGCCCUGUUUGGCCUUCUAGUAAGUUUAGUUAGGAUACAACAGCACUAUGAACUCAUUAAGGGAGAAUGGCUACCAGGACAUAUACCUACCAGCCAGAAAAAAAAAACAAAACUGCUUUAUGUGGACAUACUCUUUAGCUUGUGCUUAUUCCUAGAGGGAGGGGUGCUCCUUCAGGUGUACUUUAAUGAAUCUGUAUCAGGGUCUUAGCUAAUGGGGUAUUGCUUUAAAAUUAUCUGUAUAUUCCUCACCUAUAUGUAAAGUGAUCAUUCUAAGGCUAGACUAGGAUGCUGUGGGUUUUUUUUUUUUUUUGGUUUGUUUUUUUAAAUUAGAUAUUUUCUUCAUUUACACUUCAAAUGCUAUCCCCUUUCCUAGUUUCCUCUCCAAAAAUCCCCUAUACCCUCCCCUCUCCCCCUGCUCUCCAACCCACCCACUCCUGCUUCCUGGCCCUGGCAUUCCCCUAUACUGGGGCAUAGAAUCUUUGAAAGACCAAGGUCCUCUCCUCCCAUUGAUGGCCGACUAGGCCAUCCUCUGCUACAUAUGCAGCUCGAGAAACAAGCUCUGGGGGUACUGGUUAGUUCAUAUUAUUGUUCCUAGGAUGCUGUUUUUAAACUCAAAGUCACUUUCACCACAAAAUACUUAAUUUUUUUUUUUCGAGACAGGGUUUCUCUGUGUAGCCUUGGCUGUCCUGGAACUCACUCUAUAGACCAGGCUGGCCUCGAACUCAGAAAUCCACCUGCCUCUUCCUCCCAAAUACUGGGAUUAAAGGCGUGUGCCAUAACUACCCAGCUUAAUAUUUUUUAAUAAGAGAACAUCAUUUUGUCCCACUGCAAUGAGCUUGAUAAUUUUCUUUGUGGCAACAAGAAUUGACUCAGUACUUGUAAGGGGUAGUUUCAGCACUAGGAUUUUCUUUUUGUAGAGUAUACAUUAUUUUGUGGGCAUAUUUUCCCUUAGUACAGAAUAGAAAGAUACGAAUUUACUUUUCUGUUUUAAUUUUUUCUUCCUUAUGCAAAGUUUUUUAGACAAUAUUUUAGUUAGCCGCCAUGCAUAAUGACUAAUUGUAGAGAUCUUUGUAAAGGACAUAUUUUUAUCCAUCUUACUGGGAAAAAAAUGCUCAAAUCUUUGUUCUUUGCUUCUGAUUGGUAUUUGUUUUAUAGCAGGGUCUAGGCAGGAUGAUAAGUAGCUCUGUCUCAUAGCAUUUAUUAAAAAUUACCAUACUACAAGUACUCAAAUUAUUUUACAAUACUUAGGAUCAAUGGCUGAGCUAAAUUUUCCAAGCUACCCAUCCACUUAGGGACAAGAUAAAACUUAAUUCAUCUGACUGAUAGUCAUCUCCUGUGCCCCAAUAGGAUAUUGUUAAAUAGCUGCCAGUGUACUCCAUGAACUUGUCUUUGAACAUAACUUCUAAUUUCAGCUUUCAGUCCUAAAAGCAGAAUGCUGUAUUAGGAAUGCAGAUGUCACCAUGUCACCUUGUGCUCAAGCCAAGUGCUAGGAGGUCUUGUUGAACAUAUACUCAGGUGCUGUACCUGGGUGUACAGACCUAUGGUCCUUGUAAAGAGCUGCCUUCUCUAUUGCUUUCAUGACCGAUGGCCGUAGCAUUUAUUAAUGAAUAUGAUGGCCAGUGUGGAAUCCACUCAAGGCAACCCAGGCUACCUGAUGAACUACAUAAAAUCUCCUAAAUUCCAGACUCGUCACCUUUGUGGGUUUGAUACCACCAAGUACUUCAGCUUGUCAUUUAUUGACAGUGCAUGUUAUCUUCUGAUUCCAGUGACAUUACCUACUAGUUUCCUGACUAUUUCCGGAUUCUCUUUGCAUCUACUCUGUGACCCAGCUACUACUGUCUGUCAAGGCAGAUCAAAGCACUUUGCUUCAGAUUGAAAGGGAAAGGUAUAUGAAUCCUUCUAGGGCCACUGGUGGCCUCCAUGGAAGGGGAUUCCCUCCUAAUGAUAGAGCUAGGAAAAGACAGGUCAGCCAAGCUGAGAAUACAGCCCUCUUUAUCUUCUGGGCUGAUUUUUGUAAUCAUAUCUCACUGCUGGUUUUGAUGCCAAUAGAAUCAGAGUCCUCAGGAAGGGAGGAAGUGAGCUAAAGCAUUUUCCAUCUACAAGAGCCCUCUCUGCCUCAUAAAGUCCUUUCCCUUUCGCACCGUCUUCUCAAGGAUAACACUUGUCUGUAUUUCCAUGAUGGAUAGAGAAACAAGUUCUUGACACUUAGCAAGUUCUGCACCAAUAUUAGUCGUUGGUUUUAAACUCAUCCAUUUAUUACUAAUAUUUGUGUCUAAAGCAACUUCUGUGAUCAGUUUAUACUCCCCUUAAGACAGCCAAGGCUGAGAGAAACCCUAUCUUGAAAAAACAAAAAACAAAAAAGUGGAGUUUAUGAUUUAAAUUUUGUCCCCUCAGUAUCUUAGUUCCUUAACUGAUUUUGUUUUAACGGCCAUUGUUGGAUCUAAGAGGCUCAGGCUGACUGCAUUAAGAUCCAAUAGUCAGUUCAGACUUCUUCCUAGAAAUGAGUGAGGCAUGUGAAAGACCUCUUCACAGAGGCCUCUGUGGGAGUUCAGGGAGAUCAUGGAAGUGAGGACACCUGAGCUUGCUUACUGCUGACUGCAUUGGGACGUCAUAGUUAAGGCCCACAAGGACAACCUAGGCUCAUUUCUGCAAGGAUGCCCUGGCCAGGGUAUGGAUUCAGAAGUCUUCAUAGCAGGGAAAACUUUCAUAUAUUCAUGCUUCUUGAGAGGGGAAAGGCACCAAGAAAACCGACUGUUGAUCUCUUCUCAUCACGAUUACAGCGGAGGAGGGGUGGCUGGGCAGACACAAGAAACCCAUACAGUAUAGGUAGGAAAUAGCACCCUGUGGUCUUUGUUGGUGCAAAUGCAUUUUUAUUGGACCACACUACAUUCUCCUCUCUUGUAGCAAAUGUGCUGGACUUUUGAACCCUCAAAAACGAACAAGUGGGCUCUCUCUGCGUCUUUCUUCUUCUAGGAACAUAGUUAAGGCUCCCAGCCAUCUGCUUUACUUGGUGUUCCAGUUCCGUCACGACUCCUUGCUGCAUGGUGAAGUUUGCUUAAAUAGGGCCUGUGUCAAGAAACUCAUCAGCUUGGGAGGAAGUCCUGUUGUUUCAGCUACCUUGGUCAUUAAAACCAGUCUUCGGCUCUGUUUUUUCCUCGAUUCUCAAAACUAACCCACGAAACAUAAUAAAAUCCUGGCCUCCCCUUUUUUCUUCUUCCACUGUAUUUGUUUUGUUUUUUAACGCUGUAUUACUUUUAAAAACAACUUCCAUUUUUAGCUGAAGAGUACAAGUGCUUCAAAUUUAAGCACCCACUAAAAAAAGUCAAGAAGAUUUCCAACAGUCAGAUAUUAGAAUUUGUGUAAGUUUUGUUGGUGUAUUUCUAUCCAGAAAACAAAAUGUUCUGACAGUUAUCAUAUAGCCUCAUGCCCUACCUUAGUAACUGUCUUGUGAACAAUUUGUUUCAUUUAUCAGAUCCACUGAUAAUGACCUUUAAAAAAUUUGGGAAACAUCACUGUCGAUUCUCCAGCUUUUACAAAGAAAAGGUCAAAAACAAAAUUCAGUGGUACUGUUACUAAACUCACUACUUCUGAUCAGCUCUUCAGUACAAAAGGAUACUGUUCUUAAGGAAAGGGAUUGGGUGAUGCUAUGGUUUAUGUAAAAGUAUAUAAAUUCUCUCACUGUUGCCCAGGGUUACAGUUUAGCUAGCAACCAUUAGCCUUUGGAAGAACAGGGUUUUUUGUCCCUUCUGUAUCAGCUUUGAAUUUGAGAGCCCUGUCGCCAGAGGCUGCUAUCCGCCCUUGGGUAGGCAGCACCUAUGGGUGGAUUUCUAAGCUGUGAAAUAAUAAAAUUCCUGAGAGAGUUUCCAAGCUGCUUUCACACAUAGAAGAGCCCUGGGAGGAUGGUUAUUAAUAGCCCUGUCCUAGAAGCAAGGCUGAGGUUCAGAAUCCUUAAGUGUCUUGCCAAAAGCAAUCUAGCUGGUAAGUGUGAGAUGUGGGUAUUUACCUACCCCUUGUCACACAAGGCCCUGUUAGAAAAAUAUCCAUGGAAACCCACAACCAUCUAGUUAUCAGUGGCAGGUGGUAUAUGUGUAUCAUAUUGCUGCAGAUUAUUAAGAGAUUGCACAUGUCUGUGUCAUCUUGUGAGAAGCCAUGGGUCUCUGUGAUCACCUCUAUGGUGAUACCCCCUGAGCAAAGGCCACUGAAAACAGACAUCUGUGCAGAAGCACAUUGCAGCAAAAUUUCCCAGAGAGUUGCUUUACAUUCACUGGAAACAUCUCUGGACCUGUCAGGUUCAGGAUAUCAAUUGAGACUAUAUUAUUUCAAAUAUAGUAGUGUGCAGAGGUUACCUGAGUUUUAGGAAAUCUCUCCCUCCAAUGGACCGCAAUGUAUAUCCCAAAGAGACAGAAGCUGCUAUAGGUUAAAAAAACAAAACAAAAACCAUGAUUCUCUCUGUCAGCCCAAGAGUGUGCUGAGGCAACCAGGAGUUUCUAAUCAAACAAACCCAAGUCCAGAGGCCUUGAAAUGUCUAAACAAGUGCUAUUGAAUGAACAGACCUCCUGAAAUGUACCCUUCAUUGUAUCUAUGGGAUUAAUCUACCCUCAUCACAAGGAGCAUGACACUGUAUUCUUAGCACCAACAAAAACCCUGCUUGGAGCACCCUGGGUACAUUCUAGAAGUCAGCCGACAUUGCAGGUCAACAAAUCAACACUCUUCUUAGAGCUGACUUCCUCGUGAAUAUGCCUUCCAGGUGCAGUCUUGGCUUUCCUUUUUCUAUCUUCUGGUUGUUUGCUACAAGUUGAAAAUCCGUUGACUAAUUAAGAAAAUAUUCUCUGUCCACAUUAAAUCUGUCCUCAAUCUAGAAACCCUUUCAAAUGCCCUAGUUUGUAAGUUAGGCAUUUGUCUUCCCUAGAGCCUCUCCUCCAUCAGACCAAGAUUACCGCUCAUAAAAAAGAAAUCUUAUUUUAAAAGACUUUAGCUUUUUAGACCAGGAAAUUAAUAAUUCCUAAACCUGACCCAUUUUCAUAGCUUCCAGAAAGGAAAAGAAAAAGCUACUUAAAUUUUGUGUGGAUCUGUUUAUCUCUUAAAAUAUGUCCAGGCAAUUUGACGCAGGGGUAGAACGGGAGGUGUUUAUCUCUCUUGCUUGAUUCCUUCUGUUUCUAUGGGGAAAGCGGUAAAGACGAAGGACCCAGUGUUCUUUGGGGCUGGGUUGCCAUUUUUUAUCCCAUCUGCUUUGCUUCAUCGUGAUGAGGAGUAAUUCCUAGUUGCUCUCAUAAAUCCUCAUCCUCCAUCACAAUGGAGUAAAUAUAUUAAAUCUGAAUAUCUUUGCUCACCAAAUUACUUAGCUCCAUUUCUCAGUGGGGAAAUAUAAAGCAGGCAGAGCUGGCCUUCAAUUAUACACUUAACUCCUUCAAGCCCUUUUUGCUUUAUUUCUUAGGGGAGACUGUGUGAAAGAGAAACAACCUAGUCCCUCCUCAUCUUUUGGAGCCAUGAUGCUCACUUAGGAAUUACAGGAAAAGAAUGGCUUGGCUUGGCCAGGUCAUGUGAUCUGCCUAACGUGUUUCAUUCCUUCAAACACAGACUGAGAAAAAAGGGAGUUUCAUCAUUUAAAUACCAUCAAUGGGAACGGUCUCAUUUUGCCUAAGAUGGGAGCUAAUCUAGUUGGGUAGUAUUGCAUUGUAGUAACCUUUUGAGUUGUGCUUGGUUACUAAAAGAGUGGCAGAUACAUCAGCCUAUGGGAUUACACUACCAAAAGCCAUAGUGCCACAGACCUCAAUCGCUCACUGGCAAACUGAAUUACCCUGGACCUUCCUUCUACUUCAAGUGAUAUGUGUUCCAAACUGAUAUGUGUCCCAGAUGAAAUAGAGACUGAUCUAAUCAAAAAAAAAAAAAAAAAAAAAGGUUUGGCAGGGAAGCAGUAGCAAAAUCAUUUCUCAGUGACUGUCCUUUACCCAUGUGUGCACUUGGGACACCUGGGGACACUAGCAGACUACCUAAGACAUCUUUCCUCAUGAAUGAAGGGUAGAAGAGUUCCCCUCUAAGCGUUGGAGUCAAGUCUUUACUCCCUUCCAGAAAAUAUGUCAAGGAGAAAAUAGAAUUAUAGAUGGCACAUGACUGUCUGGCUCUUGUCUUAAGAAUGCUGUGUGGAAUUAUGUGCCUUACGCAAAACCUGAAACUUAGAAGCCAAGUUUUGUGCAGCGGAAGGGAGCACUGAGCUCUGUGGUGGCUCCGCGAAGUGACUUAGCCUGGGUUUUGCAUUGCCUUGUCUGGAUCUAUGCCUUUAUCGUUACUUAACAGAUUUGGGGCUUUUCUUUCUUUACCGCUAAGCAUGGGCAUGUGUGCAAUUAUGAGGUGAACUUUCUAAGUAGUAAGCCCUUGCCACAAAGUAGACGUUACACAAAGGCACAGAGCCCAGGGAUAGUAAUCUUGCCUGAGCUGCUCGCACAGGCUUCUUAUUCCAUGGCUUUGUCGCAGGCUUUUCUCUUUCUGUGCCAUCACCUUUGAGAAACAUGAUUGCACCUUCUCCAACUCUGCCUUUUUAACAGCUUCAGUUGAGUUGGCAAGACUUUCCCAGCUCUGAAUAUAGCCAUUUCCCGACUCCGGCCUCUGCGAGACUGAUUUCAAAUCUGUGAUCUUCUGUUCAGCGUACACAUCAGCAAAGUGAGAAGUUGGGUGCUAAAUAUAGGCUCUAUUAACUUUACUUUUAGAUGUGCUGCCUUCAAAGAGUGCCUAUUCUGAGCAACGUAAACGUUAUUCCUACAUAUGUAUGUACACACGGUACCCGGACUCACACUGUUCGGGCUUCACAAACACCAUCAGCAGGGGUAGGUGCUGAGAUAAGGAAGCAUCGCCAAAUUGAAGAGGGUGGCUCAUUUCCAAUCUCCCCUUCAGUGGCUACCAUGAAAUGGGCUAAAACAAGAGUCUCCUGCACUUCCUGCUGACACAGCCACUUUGCAUUUAUAUCCCAGGAAUAGUGGCAAAUUGCUGAGGAACCCGUAUUUCAUGGAAAUAAUACAAUCAUGAACAUUUCAUCAGGAGAGGGAAAGGCAAUUAAUAUGUGUCAUGUGUGUUUUAAAAACUAAGUAUUGCUAAGUUUUGAGUGUCAGCAGGUUUCUUUUAUCUUACAGGCUAACAUAGAGAAAACUAACGUCUUGGCUAUAGGGAGUGUAAGCUCAGGGGGCCAGGCAUCCCUGCCAGCUCCUUGAAGCAUUUUUACUCCAGCUCCUAAGAAUACCAGUCCAUGCUAUUUGAGGGCUUUUGUUCCUGGAGCUCUCUCUGUCAGCGACAGGAACUCUAGGUAUUUUUGAGGAGGCAGCAGCAUAGCCUGGGAGGGUGAGUGGUUACCCAGCAGUCGUGCUCGGAGGUGAGCCAGGUAGAUGUGCUGAGGUACAUGGAGAUACCGUAUGAUCGUACAAGGGUUGAACGGAGGACAUGAUUCCAAAAAAGAUUGUUCUCAAUGUGUCGUCUGACUCAACCAGCUGGCAGAUUACACUUGCCAAGUCGCUUCCUUUCCUUCUAAGUCAUUUGGCUCCAUAUUCCCUUGAAUAUGCCUGUGAGGAAAGUAAGAUGUGUCGCCCCAUCCACUUAGCCUUCCUGAAAGGACAUUAGUGAUGCCCUAGUGGUCACCAAGCUACCAUGAAAUGCCACCACUCCUACUCAGUUGUACCAAAUGCAAGUAGAGGGGACAAACUGUGGGAGACAGAUUUAGUGCCAUCGUGGUUGUCUGCCACUCUGCCCAGUAUGAUCCCAGCAACCCACGAGAUCUGAAGGAACAGGACUGGUGAGUAGCUUUAGGGCUAUGGCCGUACUUCUUUAGGAACGUCAUGAUUGGAGUCAGGUUGAUUUUUUUUUUUUCUUUUUAGAGGUGGGCAGUACUUUUUCCCAUUUCUCCUGUUACCUAUCUUUUGAUCUCUAUCUAAUCUCAACACUAAUAAUUUUCUGCUGUUGACCUGAUCAGAUUUCAGUGCUAGAAAAGAAUUCUAAAAUCUCUUGUGUGCUGUCCUCAAGUCUUUGGGAUACACAGGUACUCCUCCUUGGGAACAAACAAACUGAGACAGACACAGUGUGGCCUUGCUCUGAGUUUCAGUCUGGUGACUUGUGGCCAUGAGAGAGAGCUUGAUAUGAAAGCUAAGUCAUGUUUAAUGGGACAGGGUAAGGACAGGAGAGAAAAGCUGUUAGGCUUUCCCUGUGCUAAACCUAUCUCCUGGGAGCAGGCACUUCCUCCUAGCUAGCCACCAUCACAGCCUCACCAGCAGCAGCCUCAAGACUCAGUAACAUUUCCAACUUAGGAAAAGCUACACAGACGCAUAGAGGAUAUGACAUUGUUCAUCUGCAUGAUCCUGACAGAGCCUUGGUAUUUUCACAGUGUAAGCAAAUUGCAUAUCUUUGCUGUCUCAUAAACCAUCGCUGACAUCCCCACGGGAGCACACAUAAUCCUUUCUGAAAAUCAGAAGUUGUGUUACAAGAAAGUGGUUUGGGUAAUUUCUUUUGUAUUUACACAUUAUUCAAUUAUAUUAAAACAUGAUUUUAUUUACAUUCUAUCAGUUUUGAUUGUGUUUCCCCAGUGCUCAAUGAGAAUAAAUAUGAAAAUCACAGUUUUUUCUGUAAAAGAAUUACUUUAUAUUUAAAAAUCCAAUAAACUUCUCAUUCCACUUAA